CCACCAACUCUACUACUCUCUUCAAAUAUAUUGCUCUACGUUAACUACAUGAUUACAAUAAUGACAAUGCUAUAAUGCAUAGCCCUUCGCUCUGGUCUUACUAUGGCCGGAUACUAAUUCCGACGUUUCCUAGAUUUAGCUAUUGCAAGUCACUUCCUCGCCACUCACCUUGCACGGCUAUCAACAACUACAAGACGAACUAUUUAAUGGUGUCGACAUAUAGAGCAUCCAAUCGUUCUGAAAAUGAGUACGUUUAUAUUGAGGAUGUGGAACCAAUGGAUCGAUACCGGCCUGGGGGGUAUCACCUAGUCUCUAUUGGCGAUAAACUUCGGGAUCGGUACCGCGUCGUCCACAAACUCGGCCAUGGUGGCUAUUCGACCACAUGGCUUGCACGCGAUGAACGCUCCCAGAAACUCGUGGCAAUCAAGGUCGGCACAGCGGAGUCCAACCCCCGCAAGGUGAAUGUCCUCUCCGCCCUUGCUACUACUGCCCAAGACACUACAGCACGUGAGAGGUGUGGGAGAGUUAUCAUACCUUCUAUUUUAGACAGAUUUGAUAUCCAAGGCCACAACGGAAUCCACCCUUGCUAUGUAACGGCGCUAGGACAGGCAAGCAUAUCUGAAGCCUUAGAAGCCUCUGAUACCGUCAUGUUUCAGCUCGAUGUUGCUCGCGCAUUAGUCGCGCAACUCGCUCUGGGGGUAGCAUUUAUACACAGCCAGGGAAUUGUCCAUGGAGAUAUCCACCUCGGCAAUGUCCUUCUACAAUUCCCCCCUGAAGUUGAUCAGUUAUCGGACGAGCAGCUGUACGAGAAAUACGGCCCACCAACCACGGAACCCGUCGUUCGGUUUGACGGCCAGAAGCUUCCCCCCGGGAUCCCAACCCAUGGUACCGUGCCGGUGUGGCUCGGGAAGCCUAGCGAUGAAGUUAGACUUCCAGAAGCUAAGAUACUUCUAAUGGAUUUCGGAGAGGCUUUUGAGCCUGCCAGGGAAGAAAAAUAUGUAUCGCAUACGCCAUUGUGUACCAGACCUCCUGAAGCGCAUUUUGAACCCUCGAAGCCAUUGUCUUUCCCCUCCGAUGUGUGGUCAUUGGCAUGUGCGAUCUGGUCAAUCCUCGGGCAGCGGCCGCUGUUUGAUCCCUGGCUUGCUAACAUCGAUGAUGUGACGCGGUGGCAGGUUGAUGCGUUUGGGAUACUGCCGCCUGAGUGGUGGCUCCUAUGGGAGGAUCGAGAUCGGUUUAGGUUUAGCACACAAGAGCCGCGGCAAAAGGAGGGAAUGGGAUUGUUUGAGCAGGAUGAGGAGAAGGCGUUGCUCGCGAUGUUGCGGUCGAUGUUGAGGUAUGAGCCCGGAGACAGGAGCACGGCAGGCGAGGUUCUGGGGUCAGAAUGGAUGAGUAAAUGGGCUAUGCCAGAGUACAAGAAGAUUUUAUAG